AUGUCGGUGUCCGCCUAUUUCACAGGUAGUCUACGUGGUUGGUCUUGGAUGAGUGGAAUUAUGAGUUGUAUUUCAAAUUUUGUCACACUCAUUGUUAAUAACCCAGAUUUUACUCGCUUUGCUCCACAUCCUUCAGCGGCUUUCUGGCCACAAUUAUUAACUAUUCCAAUCGGUUUCUCAGUUACGUCUUUCAUUGGCGUAAUCGUUGGCUCGUCAUCAAAUGUGAUCUUCGGUCAAACUAUUUGGAAUCCACUUGAUCUCCUAGGCAAAUUCCUCGACAGUCAGCCGUCAGCUGGAACACGUGCAGGUGUCUUCUUUAUCUCAUUAGCAUUUGCACUAGCUCAGCUCGGUGUUAAUAUUGCAGCAAACUCUGUAUCAGCAGGGUCUGAUCUAACGGCACUUUUGCCAAAGUUUCUCAAUAUCAGACGAUCUAGCUAUAUUUGUGCAAUAGUCGGCUUAGUCAUCUGCCCGUGGAAUUUCCUCACCAGCUCUUCAACGUUUACAACCUAUCUGUCUGCAUACUCCACUUUUCUCUCAUCGAUUGCCGGUGUUAUGAUAUCAGACUAUUAUUUUGUACGCAAAGGUUACCUAGAAAUUGAAGAACUGUAUUCAGGGUCAAAACAAGGUGUCUACUACUUUACAGCAGGUGUGAAUUGGCGAGCAUAUGUUGCAUAUAUCGCGGGAAUUCUUAUCAAUGUGGUUGGAUUUGCUGGUGCAGUAGGAGCACAUGUCUCAACUGCAGCGCAGAAUAUGUACCAUUUAAAUUUCUAUCUGGGAUUUAUUGUUUCUUCAUUAGUGUACUAUGGACUGUGCAAACUAAGUUCAGUGCCAGCCUGUGGUAAAAAGUGGCCAAGUGAAAUUAUUCAUGAUAAUGAUAAUGACAUUGUUCUCGAAGGCGUGACCGUCGAUACGGAAGAACGGAACGGUAGUAUUAAAUUACAAGAUCAGAAAGUAGUCAACAAAAUUACUUACUUUUGA